AUUCAUUUGACAUAUCAAAGCAGCACAUCAUUGCAGGGUGAGAAGAAAGUUAAGAAUUAUAAAAGAAAUCAAAUCAAGGUUAACAAUGGCGGAAAGUCCUGCAACUUUUUUGUUGGACAAAUUGUCAUUGUGGCUACAAGAAGAAAAACAUCUAUUGGGAGGGCUCACACAAGAAAUACAAUGCAUUCAUGAUGAGUUAGGUCACAUGAGGGAAUUUUUGCGAGUUGCGGAUGCAAGAGAGGAAACUGAUCUCAACCUCAAACAAUGGGUUAGACAAGUUCGAGAAAUCACUUAUGAUAUUGAAGAUGUUCUUGAGAAGUACAUGUUUCGAUUUGGACGGCGUGACAGCAAUGGUCGGAACAAUGAAUUUACCCGACGCCUAAGAAGAGUGUACGAUUCAAUAAGAAGCUUGAAAGCUCGGCGUCGGAUUGCCAUUGAGGUUCAAGAAAUCAAAACCCGAGUGGAAGACGCAGCUAGAGCUCAACAAAGAUAUAAAGACAUGUAUACGACAACAACACAUGACUACAAUUCUAACUACACAGUAGCUGAUAAUAGGUUGUCUGCAGUGGCGCGUGGAGAUGCACUCUUAUUGCAAGAAGAAGACGUGGUGGGAAUCGAUAAGUCUAAGAAAAUUAUACUUGAAUGGAUGAUUUCUGCGGCAUCGACUUCAUCUAGUCACAGACUUCAAGUAAUUUCAGUCGUCGGGAUGGGCGGAUUGGGGAAAACUACUCUAGUUAAGAAGUUGUACGAUGAGGCAAUAAUGAAGAUGGAUUUAUUUGAAUAUCAUGUAUGGAUUACUGUCUCAGAGACGUAUACGGUGAAGGAUCUUUUGCGAAGCAUGGUUAGACGACUAAGAACCCGUGACAAUGAGGGUAUCAAUUUACAAGGAUUAUUAGAGGAUAUGAAUGUUGAUGACUUAAGGGAAUUGCUUUACAACCUUCUCCACCACAAGAGCUACAUUAUUGUUCUUGAUGACGUUUGGAAUGCAUCUGUAUGGGAAGCCAUUCGAUAUGCUUUCCCGAGGCGCGAUGGUAGCCAUGGAAGCGUCAUAAUAACCACACGUUUGUAUAGUGUAGCCAACGCUGCGGGUUGUGGAGAGAAUGAGAAUGGACAUGUGUAUGACUUGCAACCAUUGUCGGAGAAAGAGUCGAGAGAGUUGUUCCACCGUAAAGCUUUCCCGAGGACAACAUGCCCUUAUUAUUUGAAGGAGAUAUUUGAAAAUAUUUUGAGAAGAUGUGCGGGAUUGCCUCUUGCCAUUGUUGUUGUUGGAGGGCUAUUAGCAACCAAAGGCAAUCGAAUUGAAGAAUGGGAGAUGUUUAGCCGAAGCUUAGGCGAUGAAAUGGAAGAUGAUGGAAUGAAGAGAAUGUCAAAACUACUUUCCCUUAGCUUCCAUGACUUGCCUUACUAUCUCAAAUCUUGUUUCAUAUACCUCAGUAUUUUUCCAGAAGAUUACCUAAUUGACAAGUGGAAACUCAUAAGGUUGUGGAUCGCCGAAGGAUUCGUACAACCGAAGCAGAAGAAGACAAUGGAGGAGGUCGCAGAGGGCUAUCUCAAUGAUCUUCUUAACAAAAGUUUGAUCAAAAUAGCUAAGAAAACGAUUGAUGGCCGCCCUAAGAAAUUCAUCAUCCACGAUGUUCUACGGCAAUACAUUAUAUCCAAGUCUAGAGAGCAAAAUAUUUUAGCGGACAAUGUCACCGGAGAUGACAUAACUUGGAACUAUAAGACUAGACACCUCUCGGUAAAUAGUUCCAUAAGCCGCACAUUGGAUACUUGUACGUUCGAGCAUCUUCGAUCAUUGCAUUUGUUGGGCUUUGUAGAUUCCGAAUCAGUGGAAAUCUUAAACAAGGUUCUAGAGGGAGGUUGCAAGUUGCUAAAAGUAUUGGACUUAAGAGGUGCACCAAUUGAAACAAUCCCUACUGGAGUUUUCAAACUAUAUCAUCUCAAGUACCUGAGCUUAAGAAAGACAAUGAUUAAAUCCAUCCCAAAAUCCAUCCAAAAUCUCCAAAAGUUGGAGACAUUAGAUCUCAAGGAAUCAAAAAUCGUUGAACUUCCAAUAGAAAUCUUGAAGCUUCGCAAACUUCGACAUCUUCUAGUAUACAGCCAUAAGGUAAUAUAUCAUUACAUUCCAUUCGACAACUUACAAAGCUUCAAGGCUCCAUAUGAGAUAAGCCAAAUGUCAUCCUUACAAAAGCUUUUGCACAUCGAAGCUGAUCACGAAAAUGGAGUUAACAUAUUGAAGGAAAUUGGGCAACUGACUCAACUCCGGAGAUUAGGCAUUACGAAGCUAAGACAGGAAGAUGGAAGUAGGCUAUGUUCCUCAUUAGCUAAGCUUAUAAAUCUUCGAUCAUUGAGCAUCACUUUAGUUAAAGGCCACAAAGUAGACUUGCAACAUUCAACGCCGUGUUUGGAAUUACCAUUUCUCCGAAAGCUCGUUCUACAUGGCCAUUUGGCAAGCAUGCCACAUUGGAUAGCAUCGCUUAAUGGUCUUACAACAUUGAUUUUGCGAUGGAGUAAAUUAAGAAAUGAUCCGCUCAAGUACCUCAAAGAUUUGCCCAAUUUGAGUGUAUUGGGAAUGUACUUUGCUUAUGAAGGCGAUGAGUUGAAUUUCAGUGCCGGUGGAUUCGAGAAACUCAAGAAGUUGUGGUUGUUGAGCCUGCGGAAGCUAAAACGGGUGACGAUCGAGGAAGGCGCUAUGCGUCAUUUGGAAGAGCUCUUCAUGUGGGAUUGCAAAUCGAUGGAAUGGGUGCCUGACGGAAUGGAACAUCUUGAAAACCUUCGGUACGUCGAGUUUUGUGACAUGGCUGAGGGAUUCGAGGCCGAGCUCGAUCCUCGAGGAAGCAAUCAAGAAAAUCAAUGGAAACUCAAGAAUGUCGCCAAAGUUUGUGUUUUCAAUUUGAUUGAUGGUGCAUGGAGAGGAAGACGCUUAACAUACUUGUUGGGGGCACAAAGAGAUUCUGGUAAGAAGGCUGCGAAUUAAAAGAAGAGAAAAGGGAAAGGAAGUAGUGGCUUAACCAUGGGCGGAAUAGAGGGGCAGAAUGAGGUUUUUGAUAAGAAGACCGAUAAGAAAAGGAAGAGAAAAAGAAAGCAAGAGA